AUGGACGGUCCCCCGUGGCUCGACGCUGAGGACGAUCCUUUGGUCAGACUCGUUGCACAAGACAUUUCGGUCCCGCUCGGUCAUUUCGAUGUUGCGCAUCUCACCUCCCCAAUCAUCACGUUGGAAGCCGGACCAGACGCGACGCCCCUCACUGCGCACAAGGCUAUCCUCACACGAUGCAGCUAUUUUGCCAAGUGCUUAGACGAUCGCUUCGAGGAGGGAAUCAACAACAAGAUCAAAUUGCCACAGGAAUCACCUGAAGACCUCCUCAAGUUGCUGAGUUGGCUGUACACCGGUAAACUGUACGCAGGAGAUCGUGAGGAUAUGCAGAUCGUGGAGCUAAGGAGUGAGCCCACAACAAUGGCAGUAAUGGACUUGAUCAAUCUGUUCAUCAUCGCCGACAAGUACUGCUGUGAUCGCAUGGCUGCAAAGGUCUUGGAGAUCGUCGGCGACAGCGACUGUAUUGGUCCUGAAGAGGUGUCCGUUUGUCAUCUAGAGAGGGUGUAUGAUGCAGACUUGCGAGGCUCCCUCCUGUGGCAGGUUUUGAUGGAAAAGCUUGCGAGAGGCUUUCAUCGCGCGGACCAACGAUUCGAUGUCCUUUCUCUUUACGGAAAAGGUCUAGAUGCGAAACCGGACAUAGCUUCUGACCUUCUGAUGGAGAUUGCGAGAAUCGUGAAGGAGGAACCACUUGUCGCUUGCUGUAAAGACCAGCGAGAGAAUUCGAACAUCCAGGUGUGUAAGCACGGCUAG